UAAUACAGAUACGGUAGUUGAGGAAAAUAUUCGAACGUUCGUACAGAUAUCUUAUGGAUAUAUCGUUGCGCGUUAUAUGAAACAUUUAGAAAUUUCAUUGCGACUGCAACGAGAGCCGACUGUCGUGAUUACGUUGCUAAAGUGUGAAGAAAAGAUGUGAAAAUGGUAUUUAUCGUGGCGUUUACAUACUAAUUAAUCAGAUCCAAACGUAUCAAGUACAUUUGGAUAUUUUAUACGUUUUUGGAUAUUAUAUGCAUUCUGUACAUAUCUGCGUCUUCAAAUUUCUCAUAAAUGCAUAGAAAUUCUCGAUCUACCUAUUACACAGUCAGAUAAAAUACCAAAUGAAAUAAAUUUUGUCGGAGUCUUCCCGAUAAAUGUAAGUAGGUGUCCUAAUACUUAUGAGCGGUAGUAUACAUGUCAGGAAUUUUAAAAAAGCCAGAUUGUUCGACCUGGCGAGACUUUUAGGAGCGUAUUUUAUUAUGUAUUCCGUUUGGUCGGAUUAGGGAAUCCGGUUGAAAUGGUAGCGUGUCCGUUGUUUUUACGCCUGUAUUUUAUUCCUAUUUCACCGCGAUCCCUUCGUUAGUUUUGGUCUUUCAUUUCUGUAAAUUUCCGUGCAUCCUUCGACGGAUGUAAAUAACACGGUCCAUUUGAACGUUCUAUGCUUCGAGCGUAAUCGACGCGACGUUUUUCUAAUUAAGAGAUACAUAUUCGGCGUCGAGAUUAAACGAGACGUCACUGGUCGUGUAACACACAGGGAGGGAGAGGAAAAAAUCAUUUCGCGCAUCUGCGUGUGACUAAAUGCGGUGUACUGUAUGACGAUUAUGAGCAUUUUCAUGUGCGUCAGUGGUGAUUCAAGCGGUUUGCACCAACUCACGAGUAUUUCCAGCUGAAAGGUAGUAACAUGCUCUUUUUGCAAACCGGUCGCCUUCCAAUAGGUGAUCAUUGCGAGCUUACAAAAAAAAAAAAAAAAAAUUAUUUAUUAAACUCGUAACUUGUUGACAAACAGAACGAUCGAACGUUAUUUUUGUAAUCUUGCAUUCUCAGACUUAAAAUCUCGCUUUGACCGUUUGAAUGAUUUUCUAUUACUGAGCUGAAUUUUACAUUACUUGUAGUAUGCAUACGAAGUGCACUCUACCGUGCGAUGAAUCAAUGUCCGCUCAUCAUCCUAAUGACCGUUUUUAAUUGGAUUCCAUGUAUGUUGGCAAACGCGUGACUAAUUGGAAAACUCUGGGCAAAAAUCAAUUUUCCGCCAACGUUGCCCGUUAAAUCGUCGGAUUGUACUAAUAAAGAUAGUUCGAUGGAGGAAUAAUAGAAUUUAAGAUACGACGGUUAAUGCGGGCACUGAAAUUAGAGAAGGCAAUAAAGCAGUAUGUUUCACGAAAUAAAGUGGAACAUUAGAAAUGGAAGGGAAUCGGGUUCCGUUAUAUGCUAUAUAGCCAGAAUUCAAUGUCAACCGACAAAGUAACUAUUGUCUCGUUUUACGGGCGACCGUUUCAAGCAAACGCAUACUUUGUGGACAUUCUGGAAAAACUAAGAAACCUAUGUAAUUUAAUGCACUGUACAAACAGUGGGCUUAAAUUUGUGACACAUGUAAGGCCGUAAUGUCUCUAUAGUUGAAAAUAGACAGAAACGAGAAAGUUACAUCGGAGGGUUGGCGUUUGAGAAAAUCAAGUUUGAAAAUUUAUAAAAUAUUUCCUAACUUGGCCAAUUUCUUCAACGGAAGAUUAUUUUGCAAAGGAAACAGAGUUUGAACGUAUUUAAUUAAAUACUUAUAUCGCGUAUAUAUCUUGCAUGUACCAAAAGAUGUACAACACGCUCUAUAACACGCUGUUAAUUUAAACGUACUAACACUAACAGCAAGAGACAAAAAACGCGUAUAUCAAUCUACCGAAUGCACGGAAGAUUAAUCGUUUUUCCUCCUAUCGAUCCUGGAAUUCUACUGCAGCCACUUGGAAACCACGCACACCUGGUAAAUCCUUGUUAAAACCCGGCGCACAGUACAUAUUUCCGAGGCAAACAGAAAGAGAGCACAGUGUGCCGAUUGUACAGCUACGAGGAAACUUCGAAAUGGCAGGGAAAUGUGCAGUUCGGUUUCUUAUCAUCCGCGCUGCAACAUCGCGCGUAUCGACCCUGUCGUCCAUUCUCGAUUCAUGUCGGUCGAAUCGCUAAAAAUAAUCCCGACCUUUUAGAUGGCCUGUCAUAACUACCUCGGCAAUCCGCGCAAUAAAACGGUUGGACAAACCGUUUAGCACAUUGAAACAGAAUUAUUGUCAAGUUCCUGGUAGACAAUGGUGCAGUUCGUUGGCAGGUACCGGCAUACCAGGAUCCUCUUGUACGAUUUAACUAACAGUAGUGACAAAUUUUACGAGUCGUUCAGUUACAAAUUAGCGUGUCGAUACGUUUGACAAUAGAAGACGAAACUUCGUUGCCUGCCUAUCACGCCAUCCCCUUUCUUUACCAACACCUGCAAGUUUUACUGGAAAAAAUGCAAAGUAUGGAAAGUAUGAAGAACUAAUUAGAGCGUACACGGAAUUCACACCUGGGAUACGAUUAGGAUGAUUAGGACGGACGUGAUCGUCUGCGUGCCGAUCAUUAAGGACCAAGCGGCAGCUUGUCACGACGUUAUAGACACUUCGAUUUCUUUGAAUACAAAAAAUAUAACCGUACAACCCUAACAAACCUCUGGAAUUUCCUUUCAUCGCCGCAACGUUAAAAAAAAAAAAAAAAGAGGACAGAAUUUAGUAAUGGCGGAGGUAUUUGAAAAAUCGAGGUGCCACCGUAGCAUCUUUCCAAAUGUACGAGUCUGAUUAUGUCGUGUGAAGUUGAAGAAUCUGAAGAUGUCGAAGCGUAGGUAACUGAAAUAGCCCUGCUUUACCCUAAGCUCGAAAAGUUGCGCGAUAAAGAAAGACGGUGAAUAAAUAAAAAGGCGAGCGGUGUCAUAACCGGUCAAGAGUACGAUGAACCAUUCGCGACAGAGUCCCGGGGACGAUAGAGGAGGAGUGGGACAUACCACUGACGCACGUCGUUAAUUACCACUUUCACCCAGUGCUACAGCUAUUCGUGGGCCACGGAAAAGGAACCGUUGGGCCAGCGACGAGUGAUUUUGGGCAUUGGCUGCUACCUUGACGGGGUACCUCAUUGUGGGACCCCUGGCUGCCGAUGCGGUUGUUACCGGCUGUGCCAUAACGCCUUUACCCUCGCCCAACUAGACGGCAGACUGGUUUUUGCCCAAUUUAGAUCCCCCAUUGUUCGGCCCAGCUUGGAAUGAAAAUAGAGAAUUGAACGCGGUCCGUAUCCUGGCCCGCGUGUUCCCUAGGAAAACACGGAUAAAACGAGUAUAUUAACAGUCCUUGAGCUGCUGCCCGAUUACUCUCCAAUGCCACCGCAUAUUUCCACGCGUCUAUCGUUCCCUUUUAUCUCGUAACGCAGCGUUAUCUUGCAACGAUCGGAUUUUCUUCUAAUUCCUAGCUUUUUCGAAUCUUCAUCCUGAGCGAAUUUAAUGUUGAAUGGAGUGUUUAAAGUGGGAAGUGACUGGUCUUUUUAAAGGCAAAUGUAUGAAGAUGUACAGAAGCUAUGAGUAUUAUAACCAAGUGUUUUUAUGAUUGACGAAGAUAGAAAUAAAUUUGAAAACACCUUUCGCACUCCGACCUACCGACUGCAAGGUACUCGUUGUCUGUUUAUCGACCGAAGGAACCUGUCUUUCCCGUAACAGGCUGUCCAGCAAACUACCUUCUUCACCAUAGAUUAAAUCUUAUUAUCGUUAAAGAGGCGAAUACAAAAUAUGUUGAUACAAAAUUACUUGGAAAUCGAAGGAAACACACGGUUCUCAGUAGUCUGUUAUUGUUUAUCCCAUACUAUCAUAAUCCACCGAAUGUUGUUCCAAUAUUAACUUCCAAUGUCAAUUCCCAUAAUUUUCCGAGGAAAACUUAAUUCUUGAAAAACGAUACCGCGCCAAGUUUUUAUCGAAAUACGUAACUUUACUUGUAAUUUCAAUUAUUCACAGAAUUAUAUAUAUCCUUAUUUUGUUUUGAAUCGGUGAAGCUGAAAAUGAUACGAACAAGAAGACCUUAAAAGACUAUUUCAAAUGAAAAAUGUGUCCACCUCGUGUCUGUUGUUUCACGUAGCGUUUCAAAGUAUUAUUUCAUAAAAUUAUGGCAGGAAAAUCAGGGUACACAUUCGAACGGAUAAAAGCGAUUUCGAGCGUGUAGUUAAACAUUGAAACGCCGGAAAAAGUAAACUAACACAGCAAUUUAAACUAUACCUAGUUCUCUGAACCGAUAGGAAUAAUGAAACGAUUUUCAUUCUAUUAUUCUAUCCCGGAUGAGGAUGAGUUACUGACCGACUAAUUUCAUGGACACUUGCCCAGGAGGCUAGCCGUUAUACAGAAGUGCAAUUUUAAUUCUACGUACGCGUUGCGUUACAAUGCAAAGACGAGCCCACCGAGCUUCUGAAAAAUUCGUCGAUAGGAAAAGGUGCGCCCGGUAUUACGUGAGGUCAAUGGGUAAACGGAUUAUAUUCGAGCGAACGCUGUCCAAGAAUUUUAAACGAAACCUUAAAAAGAUUUUAUUUGGGACGGAAAAAAGGAAACCGAGAGAAACUUUUGGGCACGCAGCCGAGUCACCGUAUCCAACCAUGGUGUAUAGCAUGUUCAAACGCAACGAGUGCCGGCUUCGUUAUUUUGAUACAAAUUUGCGCGGAUUCGAUACGCGGCAAGUUUUUCUCGCGAUGGUAGCGUGAAACGUGCGGUGGCGAAUGAAAUUGAACAUUACGGUGCAAUUUCAGAGGCGGCUGCAACACGUCGCCUGAUCAAUGUUGCUCGACUGAUCGAGGGGGCAGCCCUGCGCAUUCCAGUCUGGUUUUACCAUACCGAGAAAGAAGAAAGACGAAGAAGAAGAAGAAAAUGAAGGGUCGCAGCUGUACAGUAUCGCGAGAGCAUUACGGGGAGUCUGGAAGUAUAAUCGAGACGUUCCAAAGGCACACCAUGAGCUUCGUGCGUGUGUUGAACUCUCAUAAAUUCGCAACUCUCUUGUUGCAUUACGAUAAUCACGUACAAUAUUUCCUGUUAUGUCUUUCCAUCUUUUUAACCCUUUCGAUGUUACGUAUAUUACCGCUACUCAUCUUUUUUAUAAGAUUUUCUGGCGAAACGAAUCUCUGCCGUGGUAUCAUUUUCUUUUUCUUUUUAAAUUACGUUCACGAAAAUAUCAAUUUGCGUAAAUACCUGCGGUUUAUUAGCGAGAGAAGAACAUGGCAAACGGAACGCCUAAGACGACCCGCAAAAACUUUCUACAAGGAUAUCUCGAUUGUUGCCAUAAUCUCACAUGGAAUGUGUUUCUCUGCUUCUCGAUAUUCUUUCAGGUUGUUAACAGAUUCUUAAAAUCUCGCAAAAAGGACUUGACCUGCCUCCACGUUCUUUCUAUCCGACGAUCAUUUAUCUUAUUACUAGACAAAACAUUUGUUUCCCAGUCACGUUAACACAGGCUAGUUUGUUAUCCCGGAAAAUGAGCGUGGAAAAGAAACGUCUGCUAAAAUAAAAUAAAUGUCACCGACGGUCGAUUAAUUUUUCGCAUUCUGCUUACAACAUCCCGUUAUCUGCACGUGUAUAUUCUUUCAGCAUCUUGCACAAUUACCCGCAUCCAGGGGAACCAGCUGUUGUUUUCAUAGGAUUUUCUUUGCCGAAAAAGCUACGUUUCCCUUCUGAGGCGGCACAAAUUUGUCAAUUUUAUACGUAAAGCCAAACUGCGUUUCUUAAUUUCAUUGCAGCAAGUACACGAAUUCACCUUGGUCCAAGGAAUUCGAGGAACAGUGUUCGCAACAUCGUUACUUUUUCUGUACUUGUCCAUUUACGCACAUUCUUUUUCUCUUUCGGCGGUACACUUUCCGCAUUAAGAGAAAUAUAUAAAUUAACAUUAUGAAUAAACAACAAUUAAAGACAAAAAAAGAAGAAAAGAAGAAAACGCAACGCAGGUGGAAACGGGCACUCUGUGUCUGGCUUCGAGGACGUGAAAGUCGCACAGGUAGAUUCGCUUCGCUGAAGAAGCUGCAGAGGAGGAAGAAGGUAGCGGACGAAAGAGAGAAAGAGGAAUGAGCGAAUGUUAAAGACGCGCGAGGUCGCGAGUCGGGAUGAAGUUCGGGAAGAGCGGUGUCCCGAAAGGAUCGAAAGGUAGGUCGAGGUAAAGCCGGUCCGUCAAAUUGGAAAAGAAAGAGAAAGAAGAAGGAACGAGUUGAAGAAGGCGAGUCAGAUGGAAGAAAGAAGAAACAGGAUGGAGAGAGAAAUUUUGAUGAAGAGAGGGGAGAACAGGAGUCGAGUGGACGGUAGAGCCGAGCAUGGUGGAAACGAGAAACGAAGACGUGACGUAUAUACUUUAGAAGAGUGUAGUAUAGUGCACCAUGGUGUAGUAUGGCAUAGUUAAAGUGGGAGAAACCGUGUAUGACCGUCCUCACGGUAAGCCAGUCCCGUGUGAACGACCGUGAAGCGAACCUCGAAUGAAACUCGAACGAAACACGAUCAAACCUUGAGGGUUUUCGUUCGAUCGGCUCCAGGUUCCACUUUCUUUUAACAAGGGUCGACCGAACGAAUUGCUCGACCGGUAAAACAAAUCAUCGCCCGGAUCUACGAUAAAAGAUACGUUAGAAAUUAGUAGUCCAGUGAUUAGAAAGUCAGAUAAUAAUACUGUCAGCAAGUGUAAAUUCUGUGCAUAAGGUCUGUUCAGACGGAUUUCUGUGAUCGAACGUCGAUUGUGUAUGAGAGAUCAGUGGCUGUUCUCGUGAUACCUGGGUGAAGUGAUCGACGGAGACUGCGUAAGAAUCAUGUAAGAAAAAAGAAAAAGAAAAAAAAAAUAGCAAAGCAAAGGUAGAACACGGUAUAAAAGAAAAAAUGUUCACUAUGAAAAAUAUAAAAAAUAAUCGUAUGCCGUUUAAAGUCGCGUAAAAAUCGUAUCCCGAUUUCGAGGUCGUCGAGCGUUUCUAAAAUCCAAUUUCAAGUGAAACUUUCCGUCUAAUAAGGACACGCCGGUAUAUCUUCGUGCGACAUCAGCCCGCAUCGCGAGUCAUGGUGAAAUAUUAGCGCGAUAUAAGCGGAAAGUAACGAGAAAUCUGGAUAGAAGACGUCGUCGAUGUGCAAAAAGUAGUGAAAAUAAGGUGACGGUCCGAAGACAUACUACGUUGGCCGAAAAGCUGACGCGUACACCGGACCUAUCGGCGGCCAAGUAGGUCAACCGGCGUGCGCGAGAGUGCGAGACCGAAUAAAAGAGAAGAAAAAAGUCAUCGGGGGAAGGAUAAGACGAGGAAAGGAAAGAAUGGUGAGACGGGGGCAUUAAAGUUUCCACGAUGCCCGACGUUUUUACUCGGCAUAGGCUUGGAAACCAAAAUGGCGGCGAUCGGUUGGUACCGUGGCAUGUUUCGCGACGAUAAAGAUUGGUCCAGCCAUCAACACUCUUGAAGAGGUCCUUCAAAGUGUCCUUGACAUUAAACCUGACCUUGAUCAGGACAAGCAACCGCGGCACAUUUCCACCGCAAACGCGCCAAAGGAAUCAGGAUGGUAGGGCACGUGGGAUCCAAGGUCCUAGUGAUCUUGUCCAUCCAAAUAUUAUUAGGUGUCUCGGCUAUCCGGAACGAUCCAACGUCGUCUCGUUCCUCCCAAGACGACAUAAUUCUCAGUGCCAGUGCCUACACGGGACCAGAAAGAACCUCGAGUGUAUUCCAUCGUGAUGAAUCGCCGACUUUCCAAAGAACUGUUCCAGCAUUUCAACUGGAAAGCUCAAAGAGCGUCGAUAACUACGAUAAAGACGAUAUAAGAUUCGAGGUCAGAAAUACUAGGCACGAGGAAUCCAUUGAUGAACUGACUUCUUCAAAACACGUGGACCAUAUCGAUGGAAACAACAUCGAAGUUAGACCCGGUGAAUAUUACCACAUAUCUCCAACGACCAGUGAAUCCAUGUCGGGGGAAGGACUAGGGGCUCCGCAGGAACCAAAACUCUUGUCGGAGCCCCAUCAACUGACCGGAGUGUCAAACCAACAGGCACAGUACUUACAGGCAAUAGAUCAACAAAGACGAGCUCGCCAAGAGAUUCCGAGGAUUUAUAGCGAGCACGCCCCACCACCUAUUCUGCAAACUGCCUCUCCUGGUUAUCGGCAAGCAAAUCCCGAUAUACAGGACAUUAUCACGGGUAUUGUCAAAUUGUUGAAUGGGAACGUGAACGUUGCUGCCAACACGGUGAGACCUUUGAGGCCGAUUCAGGCUACCAGAAUUAAUAACAGAGGACCACCGAGAAUUUCCGAUGUUCCACCAUUGCCACCUGAUUUUGACACACCUGGAAUGAACCCACCCCCGCCGCCUGAUCAUCCUUAUCCUUUCGAAAAACCACCAGCGCCUGACAGACCACUGAUUAAUCAACUACCUGAACGUCCAAUUAGACCGUUCGUAAAUGGAGUUCCAUUACCAGAACAGAUUGUUCCCCAAGGAAAUCGCCCAUGGACCUGGAAUCGUCCUGGUGGAAAUAGACGACCAAUUCCUCCCUACAAACCGCUACCACCAUCGACGAAUUCCACUUUGAAUCGGGAGAAGGAACAAGACGACAAGACCUCGGAUAAACCGCAUAUGGACCUGAAACCUGAACUUUCAUCGCUGGAAGAAUCGUCCACGAAACAGGCAGAAACAGAUCAGACUGAAGCUUCUACGAACGCUUUGGAGCAUAUAACAAAGGGCCAAGAAGAGAACAGUAAACAAAAAGUUAAAACGGAAUCGAAGGCCACGGAAAGACCAAUCUAUAAGAACACGACGAGAAAUGCCGAACCUGAACACUCCGUCAAAAAAGAAACUAAAUAUCAAGUCCCAUCUAAAGCAAAUACGACAUCCACGAUUCAGUCUAGUGACAAAACGAGUUUCACGAAGCACGUAGAUUCUCCAAAACCCGUGAUACCACUGGAUGUUCCGAUUAAACCUACGAAAGUUUCGAAGAUCAACGACUCUCAAGGAUCUAGUUCCAUUACGAACAACGAAAAGUCUAACAAUAAAGCGAAUAUUUCCAAAACAUCGACGAAAUCUUAUUCUACGUCAACGUUAAAUAUCGAAACGAUCUCGUCGGUUCAGGUAAUCGAACCAACACCCACGAAGCCGGUCGUUCAAUCGACUCCAAUUCCCACGAAUAAUGAUUCGAGUAAUACUGCAAGUGUAUCGAGUACAGUAGUUUUGGAACCGAGUAAGAUGUCUGAAUCAGAAAGCACAAUCGCUUCGAGUGUUUCAACUCCGACUGAGAAUUUACCUUCGUCUUUCACGAAGACCCCGCCAGCCAUUGAGAAAAGUGUAGUUCAUUCGGCCUCGAAUACGUUCUCGAAGAGUUCAGCCCCUACGGAUCGCUACGCUUACAGACCCAGACCAGGGAUCGUCCUCGACGAUACCUUGGAUUACACAGGAACUCAAGGGCUGGCUACUCAACGACCUUACGCACCACCAAGACAUCCACCUCUCGGUGAUAUUUUUGAUGUCACGGUCUCGGCUAUUCAAGGUCCAGGUGGUGGAGGUUCAGGAGAGGGUGUUAGAGUACCAGUAAAUGGAGGAAACGCGGACGUGAUCCUAACUUCUGCGAUAGAGGGCCAAGGAUUCGUCAGCAUCGACGGGAAGAGAACGUACUUAAAUCUGUUUGAAAGUUCUGAUCGAACCUCGACACACGCGCAGACGCAACCUCAGCCCACUAGAACUCAACCACCCUCCAUUGUUGGCACAGGAUUUGCAGUUGCACAGCCGGAUCCACCGACAGCAACUCCACGACCCAGCGCACCUAUUCGAAGACCGACGUUUCAUAGAAGACCAACUCAGCCUCCGGUUAGAAUUGACACUUGUAUCGUGGGUGAUACGAGCACUUGUGACAUCAGUCAGCACGAGGCCUGUGCCACUGUUCAAGGAGUAUCUGCGUGCCACUGUAAGCCAGGAUAUGCGAGGUUGCAGCAUUCUUUACCAUGCAAAAAAAUUAUAAGUAUCGUGGUAUCAAUCAGAGUGGAUAAGAUUUACGAUAGAAAAGUGGUGUGGGAUCGAGGAUUUACCGAUAGAGAUUCUGAGCCCUAUCAAACAUUGGCCUACGAAGCAAAUCGAGCUAUCGAAUCUGCUAUGUCGAUGACGCCAUUUUCGGACGAGUAUAUGGGCUCCUUCAUAAAUGGAGUAUAUCAAGGGGAUGUGAGCCAGGGGCAAGGGGGUGUCUUUGUGAAUGCAACCUUGAAACUCACUUAUGAGCCAAGAACAAUUAGACCAAGCUUAGCAGGGGAGCUACAGAGACAUCUGCUCGGUGUUAUUCACAGAAGAAGCAAUAAUAUAGGGAACAGCGCCCUUUAUGUUGACAGUCCACCUGGAUCUAUAUCAAAUUUACAAGACUUGGACGAGUGUGCGUCGUCAGAGUUGAACGAUUGUCAUUCUUCGGCGGUUUGUACGAAUAAUUGGGGUGGGUUUACUUGCACUUGUAACCCUGGAUUGAAAGAUCCUCAUAAGGAUGAUCCUAAUGAAUCCGGUAGAACAUGUAUUUCGUGUGCUUCGACUUAUUGCAAUAAUCGUGGGUCGUGCUCUUACCAGGGUGACCACAUGCAAUGCACGUGUUCUGGUAAUUACUACGGUACCCAAUGUGAAGUCGAUGGAGAGGUUUUGGGAGUAGCGAUAGGAGCGUCUGUAGCAGCUUUAAUAAUCAUAGUCCUGACUUUAGUAUGUCUGAUCAUGUGGAGUCGAAGAUGGUCGCGUGAACAGAAAUCGGUCGGCUCACCAGUCUACGGUUACAUUCAGGGUGGAAUACCUGGUACCCUACCAGGAACUUUGGCAAGGGUUGGUUCUGUAGGUACUCUUGCUUCCGUGAAACAAGGGCCACCGACCAACUUGCCACCCUACAUGUGGGCACACUUUGGCGAUCACAUGGCAACUGCCAAUGUAUAUGCUACGGAACCUAUGGGUCCAACUCGACCAAGUUCCGCUGUGUUCGGUUAUCCACCUCUCAAUAUCCAUGGAACAUUGCCACCAGUACCAUUGCCACGACUCCAAGCUCCGACAAGACCGCGACAAAGACAUCAGCCAGAUCCAGACAGCUCGGAUUCCGAGCCGCAAGAUAAGGACAGGGCUGAUCUGAUUCCGCAGAAUAGUGGUUUUCAUGUUCCCAGGCCAAAGUCCAGGUCAUCGUUGGCGGUGAAUAUUCGUUUUUCCAAUAUGUCAUUUUCCACGCUCGGAUGCUUUGAAUAUUCAAUGAUGCUUCUAUUUUUAGAAUCAAAGCGGAAUCUACAACGACGUGGAAUACGACCAAGGUGAUGUUCACCAUUUAUCGAAAAACAAUAUCCCGAUGUCUACUUACAGGCCGUACUAUCGAACGUGAAAUCCCGGAAAAAACCUAGUUAUAUGUAUAUUGGUAAGGACGCUUGUACUGUGAGAAACGAGAACAAAGAGAACAGAUUUAUCUAGAUAUUUUAAUCGACGUUCUAAUUUAUACCAAUUGUUUCAAUAAAACGAAAAGAAUAUUAAUUAAUCGUUGGGAAACGAGAACAUAAGAGAAUGAAAUCAAUGCACCUACUUAAGUUCGUAUCAUUGAUCGCAUCAAUGUAAGUCAAUCUGAGCAACUACUUAACUUCUAUUUACAUGUCUGUUAUUCUAUAAAUAUUUAUUGUACUAGUGUUAUCCUCGAAAUACUUCGUAGAAGUCUAAAAAAAAUAUAUUCAGGCUGUUUUUUAACGACCUAAGAAAAGAAAGGGUGUAUAACGAACGAUUAGCAUGAAAACGAUUGCCCCUUACUAUUAUGUAGUUAAUACUUGUAUCACGUUUAGUUAUUUAUAUUACACGAUAGAGUGACAACUAUGAACGAAAAUGCGAUGCAAUCUGACACCCAGAAAAUGUUCAAUCUUAUUAAAUUACUAACAAUUUCAUUUGUUUACUGUGCGUCAUACUGCAAUCCCCAUUUUCCAAAAUAAUUAUCACUGAAUUGUUGACAGCAAUAUUGCAUGUAUGUAAUGUCACUUACACAAACUUAAGAAGUUUGCUAAUAAUUAAGCAAUCUUAAACGUAGAAAUUGCAUUGUAAACUGUAAGGUUUCCUUACGAGACGAGCUGAAACGUAAGGGCAGUAUACUGAAUAAGUAUAUACAAAUAGGACAGUAUACUCAACAAUGCGUUCAUUGCGUUGCGGGGUGCUAAUACCAUAAUUCAAUAUGUAACUUUUGUAAUUAUAUAUUAUAUAUUUUUGCAAAUUGAAUACAGUAUACAUUUGAAAAUUUGCGCGUCAUUGCCUCUUUUUUUUUUUAAUUCUCCGAUGCCUACUGUACAAUUCUUCUUCAACAGUGUAAUACGAUACAUAAUAAACGUAAUAAACGUACGCCGGAAAUACUAUGCGCAUACUGAGCAAAAUCUUUGUUACAGAUAAUUUCAAUAAACACCAAAUAUCUCGACAAAGCAUGUUAAACGGAGAGAAUAGAAAAUUCGAUUAUGCUGAAAAAAGUUUGUUAAGAAAUGUUACAUAAUAGUUUGGACGCAAAAAUUCGAUCGCACCCAACAAAGAGAAAGAAAAGCGGAAUCAUUUGGAGAAUUAAAC